AUGAGGUGCACACAAGGAUUUAUACUUUUGGCUGCGUUUGCUCUUGUAAGCACCAUCACAGCUGAUGAACUGCCACAGCAGACAAAGGAAGAUAAUAUAUUUCAGCGGACUUUCCAAAGACUUCAUCAGGAACCGCCACCACCCGAGUCGACAUCGCGUAAUCGUGCGAAUAUAGAAUAUUUGGAGAUUGAACAAAAAUUGGAUAAUUUCAAUGAAUCGGAAACUCGCACCUGGCAAAUGCGCUACAUUUCCAACGACGAAUUCUACCAAGAAGGCAGUCCAUUCUUCAUAUUCGUCGGCGGUGAAUGGGAAAUCUCUACGGGUUAUGUAACUGGCGGGCAUCUCUACGAUUUGGCUAAAGAGCAUAACGGUUAUCUUUUUUACACCGAACACCGUUACUACGGCCAAAGUUUGCCAACGAGCAACAUGGACAAUGAAAACAUUCAAUAUUUGGGCGUGCGGCAGGCUCUAGCUGAUUUGGCACAUUUCAUUGAACACAUGCGAGAAACCAUACCCGGCGCCUCCCAAUCGAAGGUUAUAAUCGCUGGUGGCUCUUAUUCGGCUACGAUGGUAACGUGGUUCAAGAAAUUGUAUCCAGAAUUGGCAACUGGUGCUUGGGCCUCGAGUGCGCCACUUUUUGCUAAGGUUAAUUUUGUGGAGUACAAAGAAAUCACAGGACAAUCGAUACGCUUGGUUGCCGGCGAGCAGUGCUAUAAUCGCAUUCAAAAUGGUAUUGCAAAAAUGGAAGAAUUGUUCGCCAAUAAACGCGGUGCUGAGGUGAAAGCUAUACUAAAGCUUUGUGACGCUUUCGACGAGUACAACGAUUUGGAUUUGUGGACAUUAUUUAGUGAGAUCUCUGAUAUUUUUGCCGGUGUUGUGCAGACACAUAACACUGGACAAAUUGAAAGCGUAUGCAACAAAAUCAUGGAAGGCGAAGAUGACAUCAGUGGUGUUGCUGGCUACUUAUUAACUCAAUUCAAUAGCAACACUUGUAAUCUGCUAACCUAUAAAGCUAUUAUAGCCAGCAUGAUGGAUUCCACUUUCGACAAUAACAUAAUGCGUCAGUGGAUCUAUCAGACCUGUAAUGAGUUCGGUUGGUAUCAGACUUCUGGCUCUAGACAACAACCCUUCGGUACCAAAUUCCCCGUUACACUUUACACACAAAUGUGCGCCGAUAUCUAUGGCGAAAGGUUUACUAAUGAAUUCAUCUAUAACCAAGUACAAGCUACCAAUGAACUAUUCGGCGGUUUGGCACCGAAUGUGGAAAAUGUAUACUUUACACACGGUCAAUUGGAUCCUUGGCGCGCAAUGGGCAUACAAAAUGAAACUCAAGCGACGAUAUUACCACUCUACGCACAUUGCAAAGACUUUGGCUCGAUCAGCGAUAGGGACUCCAAUGAAAUGCGCGCAUCAAAAGAAAAAUUCGCUCAAUUGGUGCGUCAAUGGAUCAGCGCUGAUAGCGAUGUUGAUAGCGUUGCUAAUAAUAAAGCGAAAAGCUUCUUAAAUAAAUUACGUAAUUGAGAAAUAAUGCAGAUUAACCAAGUUAGACAAAUAAUUGAUUAUUGUAAACGUAAAAACAGCAAGUAAAUAAAAUUAAAACAGCAAACAUUGCGAACUGUAUAAAAAUAGUU